AGCAGCUGGAGCAACCACCACACCUAUACCUGUACUAUAGCCAGUGUAAUAUAGUGGAGGUCAAUUAUAGAGCUACAUACAAAGGUGAAAAAAGACAAGAAAAAAAGACGCAGUAGCAAUAAAGAAUAUUAGACUAGCUCUACAAGUUGAACAUACAAGUAGUACUCUAGUGCACAGAACUACAGAUUUUAGAGUGUACAAGAAUUGACAGUACCAGAAGGCCAUCUGCAGUAUGACUGUGUCAACAGCUGCUAUAACGUUUGUAGACUUCCCCACAGACAAAGUGACACUGGCAGGCAACUGUGGGGUCGGCAAGACAACGCUGUUCCUGUGGUUCAAAGAGGGGCGAUUUGUAGAGGAUGUGAGAACAGUCACAAUGGAUGGAGAGUACCAGAAAAGAUGGCACCUCGAAGAAGAAGAAGAAGUAUCGAUGACUCUAUUCGACACAGCUGGGAUGGAAUGUUACAAUCCACGAGCCAGAAUCAACAGUACGUAUUUUAGACGAUCGAGGGUCAUCAUAUUUGUAUACGAUAUCAGUAAUCGCGACACCUUCGACUCACUGAGCCAUUGGGAAGACGAAGCCCUGCAGAAAACGGUAACUCGUAACAACAUCGAUGUCGUCAUGGUGCUAGUUGGGAACAAAAUAGAUCUGGAAGAUGAACGACAAGUAACACAUUCGAGAGCUCUACAAUUUGCAGAGAACUUUUCUAUCCCAGAUCAUCUUGUUUUUGAAGUGUCAGCAAAGACUGGUGAGGGGGUGAAACCGAUGUUUGAUGAAAUAGUGAAGGCCAUGAGACGAUCAGGACAUAGACAUGUAAGAUCACCCAAUGAUCCUAAAAAUCGAUCCAGACAAGGUUGCAAAUGCUGACACUGAGAACUAGCUAUUAAAUGUGUUAAUUUAUAGUCAAGUAUGUUUAUAAUAAUUAUUUAGAGUCUAGUGGAUAUCGCAACACAGUCACUGUCA